AUGACUUCGAACCCCACGUUCACAUACGGAGGCGUUAAGACGGAUCUUGAGGCGAGAGUUCUGUCGACGAAUGAUGUCCCGAUCCCGGGGCUGUGGGCUACGGGCGAGAUGACGGGGUUGUAUUAUAACGUGUAUCCGCCAGCGACGAGUUGUUUGAGGAGUAUGACGUUUGGAAGAUUGGCGGGCGCGAGUAUUGCGAAGAAUUUGGGGCAGAUGAAGCAGGGCAAGGGGUUGGCGCAGCGUUGA